AAUUCUAACAUUAUGAAUGAUAAGAUGGCUGUAUGUCCCAAAUGUCCCACAUUGAAUAUCUUAAGAUGGAUAGUUUAUAAGCUCUUUGGUAUCCCUCCCUUACAAGCUGGCUUUUGGGACUAAUCUUAUCUAACCAUGAGUGGUGACAUGUGGUAUAAGAUUAGCUUUCACCACGCAACUGGGCUAGAGUCCAUACAUAAUGGGCAACCUCUAGGAUGGAUACUGAACAUUGUAUCAUAGUUUCAAAUCUUUAAAUAAUGGAAAUUUUAGGUGGUAGGCAAGCAAAAACUGCCUCGAAGCCUAUGUAGUUAGAGUGGGCCUACCAAGACGUUGGGUACAAAAAUGUGAUUUGGUCAUGUCCCAGGUUGGAAAAAUAGAAUAUCAUAAGAUAGGUGUAUGAGUCAGGAUAGCUGCCCGAUUUGGUGAUCAUGACCGAAGGCUGCAACACAACAACAGGUUCAAUUCCAUUAAGUCCUUGACUGGUUGGAGCACAUAAGAGUUAUAUUUGACUUGAUUGGCUUUUGGAAAGUUCAAACUAGAAGUCGAAAGAGUUGAUUGGAAGGGGCGUUGAUCCUGUCACUCAUGAACAGACAGAGUAUACUAGGUUGAUGAAUCUUGAACCUGAUUCGGGAGGUAAAAGAGUAAAUGAGUAGCUAGUGCGUUACCCAUGCCUGCUGUCCAAUCGCUAGCUCCUUUUUUGUUUCUUUGCUUUUUCUUACUUAUUUUGCUACUAGUUUUCCUUUUUAUGAGGACCUCAUGCUUCCCCUUAGGUAUUGCUUCGUUCAUAUUCACUGGGCUAUCCCAUGCUUAACUUUCUGUGAUAGGGUGAUAUCUUCUAUCAAUUACUGAAAUAAGAAUUUGUUGACUUAUGAUGUUGUGAUGUUGAAGUUGGUAGGGAUGGAAACUUUCCCCACGGGUUAGGGUCUUCGUGGGGCUUCGACCUAAUGGGUCAGGUAUGAAGGAUUGAAAUCAGGUAUGGGGAUGAGUUUGUGGAAUUUUCGGGUAGGGUGUAUGGGGCGGGGCGGGAAUGAGAUUCUAAUCCCCAACCCAAACUCGCUCCAUUUAGAAUAUAUUCAUAUAUAUAUAUAUAUAUAUAUUACAUUUUGUUUUUCAUAUUGUUAAGUGGCUUCUAGUUGUGUUUCAUGACCCCGAAAAAUUUUAUAUUCCACAUAUUAUAUCAUACAUUGAAUCAAAUAAUACAUAAAAAAUCUAAAUCUAAAACAAAACUUGUGUAUUGUCUUUUGCCCUAGUAUAGCAGUUUCUAACUUUGUUUCUUCUCAUUCAAAAUCAUUUUUUAAUUGGUAUUUUUUAAUGGGGUGGGGUGGGGAAUAUGUUCCCCAACCAAGGCAGGGAUGCGAAAUCUCCAUUCUGAAUAUUACCGGUAUGGUGGUGGGGACGGGGGAAAAGAACUUAACGGGGAUGGGAACAGCAUUCCCAGUCUUGAUUCACCUGUGCCAAACUCAGGGCAGAAGUGAUCCAUCAAAACUGGCUUACAAGGAAAGGUGCCCUUGCAUCUAUGUGCUAUACGAACUGAAGGUGGUAAGACAAAUGCUGGAUUAUGUUAACACUCUUUCUUAGCACCAGGACCGGAGACACUUGGCUCUCCCCCUCCACUUUGGUCUGGAGAUGCGAACCCAAUUCAUUAUACCAUAUGUUUUUCCCGUUGGUAGAACUUCAUCCAUGAAACCUGGUUUACAACGUAAGGUAACCCAUCAGUUUAGAUAGUGCACAUUCUAAAGGUAUCGAGACGAUGUGGGACUCUGCUAAAAGAUGUCACAUGCUGUUCUAAUGCGUAUUCUCAUCUAUUCAAAGUUCUUUCAUGCCCAUGUUUUUGUGUAUACUUAUCCUCCAAUUUUGACUCUACUUUUGUUUCAUCGCGUAGUUGUUCACUCAAGCACUAGCUGUGUAUUUGACCAAAGUAUAAGAUGUGCUUAUUUUGUGCUUUUUGCAUGAUACUACGUUUGUUAUAUUUAAUAGUUUACCUUGCCUCUUUCAGCUGUCAGUUCGGAGAUGGGUGUAAAUUUCUCCAUGUGAUUCAGCAACAGCAAAAGUCCAAUAUCUUUGGAUUUGGGCCACAAUCUGGCUCAAACCAACAGAGAAAGUCCAAUCCUUAUGGUUUUGGGGUUCAAAACAACUCUCAGUCAAAAGGGCCAGCUGAUUUUGGUUCCAAACAGAGCCAGUUUAAGCCUUUUGAAAACAAAUGGUCCCGUUUCUCCUCCCAAACUGCUAGUGCUGCCCCUUCAUCACAGAAAUCUGAUAAGCAGCCUCAGGCAACAAAUCAUAGGUGCACAGAUCCCGAUUCUUGCAGAAGUAUAAUUAUUGAAGAUAAUGAGCAUGAGAGUCCACUUUGGAAGCUUACGUGCUAUGGUCACUGGAAAAAUUUCCCUUGUGACAUCGUUGGUGAUAUUAGUUACGAAGAGCUGAGGGCAGCAGCAUAUGAUGAUGCCAAGCAUGGGUUGAACAUGCAGUCGAUAAUUGAAAGAGAGAGAAAUUUACUCAAUACCAAGUUGAUUGAGUUUGACAAACUUGGCAAGCCCCAGGGAGCUCUACUGAAACCUAAUCAUUCCAGCCAAAAUCCUUUACCUUCAGCUAGUCAAAAUGCAUUCUUGCAGGCUGCUAACAAUAGUGCUGCUCCGUCACUCUCAAGUUUUACCCAAUUGGGCACAUCCCUCAACACGGGGUUUGGACCAAGGCCGUCUGCACCAUCAAAUAAUGGUUUUGCACAGCUGAAUCCUUUUGCUAAUUCCACCCAGACUUCGAGUGGAUUUGGGACGAACAAUUUUCUUUCUGGAAGUGCUGGUUCACAUGGCAGCCAAUUUCCUGCCACUGCACAUGUAAAUGUUUUUCCCUCGAGUACAGGAUUCAGCAAUACUGGUGUCAUGAGACAUGAAACCAACCCAUUUUCUACUUUAGCAGUGUCAUCACAAAUUCCUAGUGCAACAACUGGUCUGCCACCCAUUCUUUCAGAUGGGCCUACCUCUGCUUCCAAUGCAGUUAGACAAUCAACUACAAAAGUUCAGUUCCUCCAUUUUGUCAAUCCUACAGAACUAACAUGCAAAGGGAGAAGAUUUCUGGGGAGACGAGUAUUUGGUUGAAAAAGACAUGGAGUCCUGGAGAGAUUCCCGAAGAUGAACCGCCAGAUGCACUGGUUGAGUUGUAAGUUGUGGUAAUGAGCAGUACAAGCACAACGCUUACUCAUGCAAUUUGCUAGGUGGCCAAAGCACUAUUUGCUUGCGAAACGCAAAAUGGUGACUCAAAUCUCGAGUUGGAACCCAGCCAGAGUUUGGAGAUAAAGAGGGGCUACCUCCAAUUGUGCGGCCGAACAUUCCAAUCAUAUUUUGCAACAUUUGCAAAGACUUCUGCAUCUACCUUAUGCUCUACACUGUUCCUGUUAAAUGUUCUUGACAAGCUUCUUAUAAAGCGUUUUAUGCCUCAUAUCUCUAUAACUUGCAAAGAUUGUAAUACUUGUGUAAUGGUGUGUAAAUUUUGGAUUUAUUAGUGUACAACAUGAUUUUGUAAGUCUUUGGAUUUAGCUCACAACAUAAUUGCCAUAAAUGUUCUUCAAAUGGCCAGCUCUCUGAAUGAGUUGUUCUGUUCUUUGCCCCCA